AUGUCUUUUUACAGUGACGCUGCAACUGGCGCCCUCACAGAGAAGGCGUUAGAUUAUUAUUUGAAAACUUGCAAAAUCAACGAGCCCAGUACCGAGAAAGGAAACGGCACCUUCGGCUUAACACCACUUGCUGUGGCCGCGCGAUAUGGACAUGCUGAUGUCGUCAGGCUUCUCCUCGAGAAGGGCGCCGCGGUGGAUGCUCUCUCAUCCGGGCUGCUCACACCAUUAUACAUUGUCACGGAACGAGGACGAGGCAACAACCGGGCUGAGAUAGUUCAGAUCUUACUGAAAUAUGGAGCUGACCCAAGAUACUCCAACCCGACCCUCCAAGACGGGCCGACACCUCUCGAGAAUGAACUCAGGCAGCAGAAGGACCCUGAAGUAAUCCAACUUCUCGCCCAGAGUGGUGGCAAGACGGGAAAGGCCACAACCUUGGCAGAGAGUCUGAGCCGGCCCGAUAUCGAUGCCGCUAUGGGAUCUUCAGGGAAACCAAUUAAUGGUAUCGAAAUGAUAGUGAGCAUUAUCAUUGCUCUUAUACUAUACAUCUUCGGUUGGGUUCACGAUGCAAUCAUCGCAACCGGCAGCGUCUUGAAGGCGUACCCAAUUCGCGGCCACACAGAUGACCCAAUGGCAAAGAAGGUUGAUAAGGAACUACGACCAAAGGCAAAAACUAAGGAAGAUUUCGAAAGGAGCAUUGGUGAUUUCGUAGCCCAGCACAAGCUAGGCAAGUUCUUCAGGAAAGGUAGUGAGAAACUACUGGAAAGUAUUGCCGCCAAGGCCGUCGAGGUGCAGAAGGAUCAAACAUCAGUCUUGGGCGAACCGGAGAACGCUGAAAACCUCAUCAAGCUUGCUCUUUACCAGCCUGUCAUCUAUUGUGAUGACAGUGGGUCAAUGGACCCGGCAGGCAACAAUGACAGAGAAGACCGCAUGGGAGACCAGCGGAGCCUAGUCAAACGAGUUGCAUCGAUAUGCACCAAGAUCGUACCCGACAAUCUCGGCGUCCAUCUUCGAUUCAUAAAUAACCAUCGGGACAACCUUGACAACCUGAAGAUGCACGACAUCGAAAAUAUCAUGGCUAAAGUCAAAGCUGAAGGUUGCACGGAAAUUGGAAUUCAGCUCCGUGAACGAAUCCUUCAACCGCUCUUAUAUUCUCAAUACAAUGAGAAUGUAAAGAACCUGACGAGACCAUUAUUCAUCUCCAUCAUCACCGAUGGUAUCCCAUACGGCGGAUACGGAUCGUUAGAGACAUACAACACGCUCAGGGAUGAGAUCAAGAGAUGUCAGGAGUACUUGCUUGAGAACGGCCUACCAUCAAGAACUGUGGUCUUCCAAAUCAGUCAAAUCGGUAGCGACAAGAAAUCCAAAGAAUUCCUGCAGAAGCUGAAGGAAGAAAACCUUGAGAAUGUGUAUAUUACAGCACACCAACUCGACUCGAAGUUCCGAGAGCUCAGGGACAACGAGAGAGGCCUCGAAGCUUGGCUGUUCGAAACCCUCCUCGAACCCAUCCUAGACCGAAAGCUUGGUUGA